GCCUGCGGAUGGCGGGUGCCAUGGUGAUGCGUGCCGGGCCUGCGGUGGCCAUGGCGGCCAAACCUGGCUCUCCAGUCAAGGCCGGCGCCGCGUUCCUUCUCUUGGUCCUCGGCGAAGUCUCGUGGGCCCAGAUCUUCUCCUUCCCUUUCCGGCGGCCUGAGUCGUGCGGCCUCCAUCAGUACUUCGACAUCUCUGCGCUCUCCUGCGAGCCCUGUGGCGCCAACCAGAGGCGGGACGCCCUAGGAACUUCCUGUGUGUGUCUGCCAGGAUAUCACAUGAUCUCUAACAAUGGAGGGCCGUCCAUCAUUUGUAAAAAGUGUCCAGAAAACAUGAAAGGUGUUACCAAAGAUGGCUGGGACUGUAUUUCUUGCCCUGGUAGCUUAACAGCUGAAGGAAAAUGCCACUGUCCCACUGGUCAUAUAUUAGUGGAAAGAAAUGUUAAUGGAUCUCUGUUAUCCCAAGCCACUUGCGAACUCUGUGAUGGAAAUGAAAACUCGUUCACAAAAGCCAAUGCUUUAGGAACCAGGUGUGUCCGCUGUGAACCAACAUUUGUGAAUACCAGCAAGUCUUGUACAUGCUCAGAACCUCACAUUUUGACAGGUGGGCUGUGUUUCAGCAAAACAGUGAAUUUCCAUCAGCGUGUAAUUUCCACGGCACGCUAUGGAGAGCUUGGUAUGUCAUUAAACUCAGAAUGGUUUGCCAGGCACUUGCAGGCGGCAGCAGAUGCAUGCUGGGUUCAUGCUAACCUGACAUCUUGCCAGGCUCUUGGAAAUAUAUGUGUGAUGAACAUGAACUCCUAUGACUCUACCACCUUUGAUGCGUGCCGCCUGUUCCAUUACAUCUUUGAAAGCACUGCAGGACUGAGCAGCAUUCAUUCUGUCCCAUUCUGGAGGCAGAACCUUCCUUGGUUGUUCUAUGGAGACCAGCCAGGAUUGGCCCCGCAAGUUCUCAGUACCACCCCUCUUCCUACAAACUUCAGUUUUAAAGGACAACACCAGCUGAAGUUUGUUGCUGCUUCCUAUGACAUAAGAGGAAAUUUUAUCAAAUGGCAAAGUUUAGAAGGUGGUGUUUUACAGCUUUGUCCAAACACAGAGACAAGACUGGAUGCAGCUUAUUCUUUCGGAACAACCUACCAGCAAAACUGUGAAAUCUCUCUCUCUAAAAUCCUGGCUGACUUUCCCAGUCCUAUAUUUUAUGAUGUCUAUCUAGAGUACACAGACAAAGACGAGCACCGUUAUGUGUGGGCUGUCCCCGUGUUAAACCUAAAUCUCCAGCACAAUAAGAUGUUUGUGAACCAAGACAGCAGCUCCAGCAAGUGGCUUCUUACUCGGCGCAUCUUCUUAGUGGAUGCAGUCAGUGGACGAGAAAAUGACCUCGGAAGUCAGCCAAGAGUAGUUCGAAUUGCUACCCAGAUAUCACUGAGCAUACGCCUUGUACCCAACACAAAGAAUGGAAACAUAUAUACUCCCUUACUGACCAUUGCCUACAGUGACGUUGACAUGAGAAACGCUAACAGCCAGUUUGUGAAGAUUUCCUUCUCGGUCAAAUACGAGAUGAAUCAAGGAGACGCAUUUGUCCAGACAGAUAUUGCACUGGGUGUGUUGGGUGGGCUGGCUGUGUUGUCAUCUCUUUUGAAGACAGCAGGGUGGAAAAGGCGCAUUGGGAGUCCCAUGAUUGAUUUACAGACAGUUAUGAAAUUCUUGGUGUACUAUGCUGGUGAUCUGGCCAAUGUGUUCUUUAUCAUCACAGUGGGAACUGGUCUCUAUUGGCUUAUUUUCUUCAAAGCACAGAAGUCUGUCUCUGUUUUGCUGCCGAUGCCAGCUCAGGAAGAACGUUUUGUUACCUAUGUGGGGUGUGCCUUUGCUAUGAAGGCUCUACAAUUUUUGCACAAGCUCAUCUCCCAGAUUACCAUAGAUAUAUUCUUUAUUGAUUGGGAGCGGCCCAAAGGAAAAGUUCUCAAAGCUGUCGAAGGUGAGGGCGGUGUCCGGAGUGCCACUGUUCCUGUGAGCAUCUGGAGGACAUACUUUGUAGCAAAUGAAUGGAAUGAGAUUCAGACCGUGAGGAAAACCAAUCCUCUCUUCCAAGUGCUCAGCACACUCUUCUUUUUGGAGGUUGUGGGAUUCAAAAACUUAGCGUUGAUGGAUUCGUCUUCCAGCCUUUCUAGAAACCCGUCUGACUACGUGGCACCUUACAGCCGCAUUUUGAGAUAUGCUGUGGCCUCUGCUAUCUGGCUGGUGAUCGGGAUAAUACAGGUUUUCUUCUUUGGGGCCUUUUAUGAGCGAUUUGUAGAAGACAAAAUCCGGCAGUUCGUCGACCUGUGCUCCAUGAGCAAUGUGUCCGUGUUUCUGCUGUCGCACCGGUGUUUCGGGUAUUACAUCCACGGGAGAUCAGUGCACGGACACGCAGACACGAACAUGGAGGAGAUGAACAUGAACCUCAAAAGAGAAGCGGAAAAUUUGUGCAGCCAAAGAGGUUUGGUACCCAACACGGACGGGCAGACUUUCCAGAUUGCAGUUUCUGAUCAGAUGAGACAGCACUAUGACAGAAUCCAUGAAACACUAACAAGGAGAAAUGGCCCCGCCAGGUUACUGAGUUCAUCAGCAAGCACUUUCGAACAAAGUGUAAAAGCGUACCACGCAAUGAAUAAGUUCCUUGGCUCUUUCAUUGAUCACGUUCAUAAGGAAAUGGAUUACUUUAUAAAAGAUAAGCUGCUUCUGGAGCGGGUCCUGGGGAUGGAGUUCAUGGAACCCAUGGAGAGGAGCAUCUUCUACAACGACGAAGGCCAUUCUUUCAGCAGCGUGCUGUAUUAUGGAAACGAGGCCACGCUCCUUAUCUUUGAUCUGUUGUUCUUCUGUGUUGUGGACUUGGCUUGCCAGAAUUUUGUUUUAGCGUCCUUCCUCACGUACCUGCAGCAAGAGAUUUUUCGAUUUAUCCGCAAUAUAGUAGGACAAAAGAAUUUGGCAACCAAAACGCUAGUGGAUGAGAGAUUUCUUAUCUGACCUGUGCCUACAGAACUUACGGACUGGGUAUAAUUGUGGCACGAGCCAUGAUGUCAGUUAUACUUUUUAAAACUUGUAAGCCGGGCGGUGGUGGCGCCUUUAAUCCCAGCACUCGGGAGGCAGAGGCAGGCGGAUCUCUGUGAGUUCGAGGCCAGCCUGGUCUACAAAGGGAGUUCUAGGACAGGCUCCAAAGCUACGGAGAAACCCUGUCUCGAAAAACCAAAAAACUUGUAAUACAUAUUAUUCUUUCAUUUUUUUAUAUACAGAAAAACUUAUUUUUAUAGCUUGUAAAUAUGAAAUAUAGUAGAGAGUACUAUUUCCCCAUUAUGUAUUGUAUUUAAUUUACUAAGUAUUACAUUGGCACUGACCAUAGGACAGAUAAAGGGAAGGAAGGAGGAAAGAGAAGUGUGCGGCUUUCUGUGGUCGGACGUGAUGACAAGCUCGCCGCCGUCACUUGUUAUCAUCAGGACACUGGUCGGCCUACGUUUUCUCAGAGUGACAAAUCUAGUUGAUUCUAGGUUCAGAGCUAGUGUUUAGUGCAGUAUUUGCAUGUUUUACUUAUAUUUAUAAUAAAAUAAACAUUUAAAGAUACUUUCAAAUUUACUUAACAUUUCUGGCUUGUAUUAUUACUGCUGCAGUCACCCCUGUUUGUGGGUGGGCGGGUUUCUAUUGGACAGAAUGAUAUGGUGCAUUACAGCCUGGUACGAGCGUGCUCUCUCGUGUUAUUUACAUUUAUUGAUGCUGUAGGAAAUCCUACAGCCAGUAGUAGCCUUUAAGUUGUCCGCCCACUAGGGCGUGACCUCUUCUACUAUUUAUGCCCACGUAAAGGGUGCGUCCAGCCUCUCUUCUGGUGCGGGAUUCGGUUGCUGUUCUCCAUUCAAGCAGAGGAUAUUCAUUUGUGAGUCUACCCCUAAAUAAAUAACCAUCUAUUAUUCUCAGUUCUGAGCUAGUGUGGGAUUUCUUUUAAGCAUCCUUCUUCAUAUUUUAAACUGCGUGAUUUUUUUUCCCAAUGUAGAAUUUUUCACACAUUUUAAUAUUUUAAGAGUACUCUUCCAAAGUGCUGCUUUUCAGUUAUGAAUGAAUACUAUAAAUAACAGACUAUAAAUAUUCCUUGUUAUAUUGACCAGUUUAUUGAAGGCAAAUUUACGCUUCAUAAGUCAGUAGCUUAUUUUUUGGUUUUUUUGUUUUGUUUAGUUUUGUUUCAUUUUUGGAGACAGAGUUUCCUGUGUAACCCUGGAACUCACGCUGUAGACCAGGCU